UUUUUUUUUCUGGGCAGUAUUUCGGCGCGAGUUAAAUAAGUGUGUUGAAAUGGUGGCGUUUCUGCCGGUCGUGCACGAUGCCGACGCAUCGAAACGUGCCGAUGCGGAGUGAUCUUGGGAACAGCAAGCACGGUCGGAGGGCGGCGAACAGGGAACAUCGGAUGGGCCGGAAUGGCCGCGGUGUGCACUAACGAUGCCGAACGCUUGACGAACAUCGGGCCGCACGCGAGGAUCGACCUCGACCCCCGGUUCGACGCAUCCGCAGCGUCGUGCGAAUUUUGCGCCCGGUUCAACAACUCUGUACGCCGCUGCGGCAGCGGCAACAACAUCAGCAGGGACGGUCAGGCGCCGUCGGAUGCGAUGCUGCGACGACCCUGCGACGUUUCGCCCGGUGAAGACUGCGCCCUUUGUACCCAGGCCCCGACUCGCCCGGCCUGGGUCCGGGCACGAACCGCGGGCUUCCUGGGAGAGAACAUCCAGGCGCAUUUGCUCCGACUGAAGGCCAAGUCCAAAGCCCUGCAAUUGUUUCCGAAAAGGGAGCAAAAUGAGCUGCAUCGGAGCGACAGUUUCAAGUUUCAGAGAUACGAGCGGGACCGUGAAGCUCAGCUGGCACCCAAGAGACCGCGUCCGCAACCGCACACGGCGUUGCAUAGGCCAUACGGGGAAACAUUACCCACGGAACGGGCCUCGAUCGCCGCAGAGCCCCGCGAAGAGAUCUGA